AUGCUUGUGCAGGCAACCGUCGAGGAUGGACAUGCUGGUCUGCUGGGCAGUUUUACGCGGUUCCGCGAGCAGUACCCUGCCCUGACCAUUCGAGGCACUAUCGCCCAGCAGAGCAACUGGGACGACGAUCUGGCCGCCAAAACAUUCGACCCUCUUCACGAGCUCGGAGUACGAUCGAUUCGCGUUCACGGCUUCUACGGAGGCUCUGGAGGAGAUCCGACUGCCAUCUGUAGGACCCUGCGAUCGCUCGCUGCGUCGUACCCGGUUCGAACUCACGGCUGGUCCAUCUCCGCCCAACUGCCGCUCAAGACAUGGGCGGCCCUAAGCGAGAUUCUGCUGGAGGACCCGGAGCUGUCUCAGCUGCGUCUCAUUGCAGACCAUAAUGCCUGCUCGACGCCGGCCGACCUCGGUGGAGCGGAUCUGGAGUCGUUUCUGGAGUUACUCCGGUCAGGGAGAGUGCAUGUCAAGAUCUCCGCUCUGUACCGGCGCAGUCCAACGGAUAUCCAGGCCAUGCGGGGAAUUGUCCAGAGAUUCGCGCAAGCUGCAUCGGAUGCCCUCCUCUGGAAGAGUGACUGGCCGCACUGCGAUACCACGUCUGGCGGGGACAGCCUCCCCCCGCUGCGAGGCCCACACGAGGUGGCCACGGAGCUGCGACUGCUGCGAGAUUGGCUGACCGAGGACCAAUGGAGGAAGAUGCUCUGCGAGAAUCCGCAGAGGGCAUUUGCUUAGUAUGCUUGUCCUUGUAGACGCUGAUAAUUGGGCCGGGACUUUUCCGA